AUGGGGGAGGGCUCAGCAUCAUCCGACAGCACCACCAUCGGUCGACAAAAAACAUUUGUCGAGGAGAAGAAUCAGGCUCAUGCCCUCAAGACGACCUUGUCGGCCGACAGGGCCGGCUUCAACCCGCACGAUGAACCCCCGAACUCCCCGCGACUGUCCGUGCCGCACGACAUGUUCCAGAGGCGGACAUCGCUCGACCUGGACGACUACUUUGUCGGACCCCGCGACAUGUCCCGACACUCCAAGUGGCCCAUGUUCCUCCGCAUGCACGGUAGCAUCAUGCCCAAGAUGAUCGUCCCGCUGGUCCUCGUCGGCGCCUGGGCAUCGCUCAUCACCGUCGUCUCCAUGAAGGUCCACCACCUGGGCGUCGACUCGGUGCUGCUGACCAUCACCGGCUUCACCAUCAGCCUGGGACUCUCGUUCCGCAGCUCGACCGCCUACGAGCGCUACGCCGAGGGACGCCGCUACUGGGCCCUGCUGAGCACGUCGUCGCAGGCCCUGGGCCGCGUCUUCUGGAUCCACGCCACCGACGUCCCCGGCCAGGACACCCGUGAGCUCAUGCUCCGCAAGAUCACGGCCAUGAACCUCAUCGUCGCCUACGCCCACUCCAUCAAGCACGCCCUCCGCUUCGAGCCCUACUCAGGCUACGCCGAUAUGAGCCACCUGGUCAGCCACCUCAACUUCAUCGCCGACGAAGCCACGAAGGCCCAUCCCGAAAAGGUCGCCCCGCCCCCCCGCAAGAACUUCUUCAAGGAGACGGGAGAGUAUCUGGGCGUGACGUUUGCCACCAGCAACCCCCGCAAGGCCAUCAAGAAGACGGACCUGCCGCUCGGCAACGUGCCCCUCGAGAUCCUCAACUACAUCGCCGUCACGGUCGACGAGAUGAUCCGCAACGACCAGCUCGCCAUCCCCAUGCUCCAGACCCUCGCCUACAACAACCUCAGCUUCCUCAACGACGUCCUCACCGGCUGCCAGCGCGUCCUCAACACGCCCCUGCCGCUCGCCUACUCCAUCGCCAUCACCCAGAUCACCUGGGUCUACGUCAUGCUCCUCCCCUUCCAGCUGAUCCCCCUCCUCGACUGGAUCGCCAUCCCGGCCUCGGUCGUGGCCGCCUACAUCAUCCUCGGUCUGCUCCUGAUCGGCGAGGAGAUCGAGAACCCGUUUGGCCACGACGUCAACGACCUUCCCCUCGACAAGUACUGCGAGGAGAUUGCCCAGGACAUGGACACGAUCGCCAGCCACGACAAGCGCGACCCCCUCGCCUUCAUGGACCACGAGAAGAACAAGCCCCUCUACCCGGCCAGCACCGCCUCCCUCAGCGUCUGGAUGCACCGUGACGAGGAGAAGCUCCGGCAGGCCAUCAAGAGCAAGCACGCCAAGGUCUUUGAGCUGCACAAGACCGAGAUGGCCAAGAACGGCGAAGACAUGGUGUAG